GGGCGGGCGGAAGUGUGGCGACGAGACGGAAGUUGGCCGCCGACGGGGACUGCGCCCUCAUGUCGGCCUCCCUGCUGCGGCGGGGCUUGGAGCUGCUGGAGGCGCCGGGCCGGGGAAAGGUCCCACCGGGACUCCAGCGGGGGCGAGACGGCCUCAGGGCGGUGGGCACUGCGAGGCGGAGGAAGAGGGCGCGGGAUCCCGGGAGGAACAAGGCCACAGUUAAGGGCAGAGUCGUGAAGUCGGCGAUAGAGGAGUAUCAUAAGAAGGCGGCUGUGAAUCACUUGAGAGAAAACCUGCAGUACAUGUUGAAGGGACGAUUUGUUGCAGACAAAGCCGUUACAGAACAGGUUCUUGCUCAGAACAGAGGCAGGAAGUCCAAAGAUCAGCCUCCAAAGAAGGUGGCAAAGAAGAAGCCGGAGGGAACUGUCUUUACUGAAGAAGAUUUCCGUAAAUUUGAGAGAGAAUACUUUGGGAGACCAUAAACAACAUGACAGGAAUUCUUGCAACUCAAGUCUUUCUGCAGUUGAGUGCUCAGCACACAGGACUGGCCAUUUCCUCAGCAUGUUUGAGAUGGGACAUUGGAGAUAUGCCUCUGUCAGCAAGUGAUUUAAUGUUACACUUAAAGAGCAGCUCUGCAUCUGUGCAGAACUUGUUAGCAGCCAGCUAGAGCCACAGAGGUUCUUUUGGCUCUGAAAUGUAUUGUCCUUCUAAUUACCUCCUUCCAGCCAGCAUGUCUUGCAUUCUUAAUGUAGAAGGGCAGACCAAGCUAAAUACAAAUCUUCUUCCCCUUCCUCAGGAUCUAAGGCUUUUGCUACCUGUAUUAUUUGGCGUGCAGCAUUUAAAGUACUGUGAGUGGAGAAGUAUUCUGAACCAGCAGUAAUAAAUCAUUGGAAGGGAAGGAUGCUUUGAAAGACUUAAACCUGAAUAGCCCUGCAGUUUCUGUUCUUAUUACAGCCUCUGCCAGGUUUUUCAGUCAUUGCAAAAACUUUUUAUAUGUAACUUGAUUAAAUAAUUGUUGCAGACA